UUGUCAAUUAUAACGUUUAUGUUUUUUUGGAUCAAUAUUACAAACCAAGAUUUAAGGUGAUAAAUUAUAUUACACGAAUCUCUGAGAUUAAUCCAUAUAUAAUAAAAGAUAAACCAGUUUAUAAUGACUUUGAGAAAUAGAAGCUUUAGCCUUUAUUUAAAGGUAAAAAUUGUUAUUAUUUAUAGAUAAAACUAUAAUUGGACAUAUUCUGAAAAGUGAUUUUGAUGCUAUGGAAUGGAAUUUAAUGUUGAAGAUUACCACACAAGAGAUUUGAUGAAAAUAGAUUUUUUUAAAUUAGAAAAAGGAUCAAGUAAUACUAUAAAUAAUAUGAGGGCUUAAAAAAGAUGUAUUUGAAGUAUUUGGGCUAACUUAUUCAAUAAUGUCAGCAUAGUUCUGAGAUUGAUGCAAGAGCUGCCUUAUUAUAUUUAGAAAAUUUAGUGAUGAAAUCAAUUUGUAGUAUAAUUAAUU